CUCACCUCUACUAUACAUAUUCUUCAGAUACUCAUAAUCUUCUUUUCUUUCAACAAUCUUUUAUUAGUUUAUUAUGUUUUCAUAAGUUACGCUUGUAAUCUUCGUCCUCUUCCUUGAACUCCAAGAUUCAAACAUAUUUUCUUAUGGAAGGUGUUAGAAGAGCAGAGGUGAUUGAUACAAAGAGGUGUUCGAAGCUGCGCGUGGAUUUCACGCCCUCACUACGUGGCAGUCGUAUAUCGGAGCCUUUUUCUCCGGCCACCACCACCACCACCACCUCCCGAUUCCAUCCACCGGUUCGUUCCGAUGGACCUUUCUCUGGUCUAAUCAUCUGCGUAACUGGUCUCUCUAAAGAGGCAAGGAAACAGGUCAAGGAAGCUACAGAGAGACUUGGUGGUGAAUACAGUGCACUUUUGCAUUCUCUAUGUACACAUUUGGUUGUUCAGAAUUAUGAUGGACGGAAGUUUGAGCAUGCAUUGAAACAUGGAAGAAGAGAGACUUUGUAUAUCGUUACGCUUGGGUGGUUUGUGGACAGUGUCUGUAGAAAUGUUAAGCUGAGUGAGUCUUUCUACGCGGUCAAAAAUCCCGAAGAGACUAAGGUGAAUGAAGAUGGAUUAAAGUCGGUUUACGCGGUAGAAAAACUACAUAGAGGAGGAGGAGUUCAAGGAAUAGAGGUCACAGGAAGCAAGGACUUGGCCUUGUCAGGCUAUUCGGUUUUUAUCGAUGCUGAUAUUUCAGAGGAAGUGAGACGCCAGGUUUCACAGGUGGCUGUUGAAGGAGGUGCCAAGCUUAUGACUCAAUGGUUCAUUGGAUGUAAUGCUAGUCAUGUUGUAUGUGAAGGUGGUUCUGUUUUAAGAUAUCUUGGUCACUCUAGCAAUCUUGUUACACCACUAUGGCUUCAGAAGACGUUGGAAGAGAAACCAACGCAAAAUCUAGUUCAAAUGUCAGAUGAUUUGGCACGAGAUCUUAGGACAAUGAUUGAGAAUCUUGGGAAGGAAUCUCCUACAGAUAGGACGAGACCACACAAAGAAAGGCAGAAGAUUGUGGAAUCCGCCAAAAAGACUGUCACAAAUCGCCACGCAAAGAUGGGGAAGACUCUGAUCCAGCCGUUAAAUCUGAGCAGCCUUCUAGAUUCUAUCUCUUGGACAAUAUCUGAACCAACUUCAACAGCUAGUGUUAUCAUAGAUAGUUUCAGCAACAACGACGAUAUCGAAAGAAAAUCUUUAUCUGCCUUCUUUGAUGCUAAAUCUAAUGAUUCAUUCACUCACUCCAUGAGACUGCUCACAGAAAGUGAGAGAAUGGAGUUGGUAUACAAAAACCAUUUUAUAACAUUACUACUUCCAAUCGAUUGGUAUGGUGAAAUGGGACCUUCUUCCAGGUCGUAUUUCAGUGAAACCGGCUUUACAUGUCAGCAGAUUCUCCAAAACAUCUAUGCAUUCUAUCAGGUAGCAAUGUCCUCAUAUGUGCCAGUAUCUCGUUGACGAAACCAUUUUCAAAGUAGUUUUGUGUGUUGUAUGUACUGUCGCAGGAAAACAUGUCCGAGGAAGAACUCAAAGCAGCUAUUCACACCAACUCGAGGCACAGUGAAAAGCUCCGAGCAGCGGACUCGGUGAUGAAAGGCGGGAAGACUGUAUUCAAACGUAUUCAGUUUCUCGGAUCCGAGAAAGGUUUCGAGAUGCUAAAACGUGUUAGUAGCUUCAACUGUAGUAAUGUCUAUGAGCUUAUCAUUAAGGCAUAACAAUUAACAUAUAAAUUAGAGAUUCAGAUACAAAACUAUUAUUUGGGAGUU